GUGACAGAAGCCUUAUGUUUCACUUUUAUGUCACACUGAGUGUUUCUCAAAUUCUGGACAAAGGCAAGGGAAAAUGAAGAGGGAAAACUUUCAAGACGUUUUUUUAAGAAGUUCAUUUCUCUAAGGACUCAGAAUGGCAUACAGUAGGCAGCAGAGCUUUGAUGACUUUUAUUAUAUUUUUCUUUUUCUGCAGCCAACAUUCAGAAAGUGAAAGAGCAGUUCUGAUUGUUCCAGCUCUUUAUAAACAGCCAAAAUGGAUUCAAAAUCACAGGAAGAACUUUCCUGUCCCGUAUGCUUUGAUAUCUUCAAGGCUCCUGUUCUUCUGUCCUGUAGUCACAGUGUCUGUAAAGACUGUCUUCAGCAGUUCUGGAAAACCAGAAACACUCAGGAGUGUCCCGUCUGCAGGAGGAGGUCCUCAAAAGAGGAACCACCGUAUAAUCUUGCUUUAAAAAACUUAUGUGAGUUGUUCCUGAGGGACAGAAGAGAGAGAUCAUCUGAGGAGGUGUGCAGUACACACAGUGAGAAACUCAAACUCUUCUGUCUGACGGAUAAAGAGCCUGUGUGCUUAGUGUGCAGAGAUUCACAGAAACACACUAAUCACACAUUUCAGCCUAUCAAUGAAGUUGUUCCAUCUUACAAGGAGGAACUUAAAACAGCACUGAAGUCAUUACGAGAGAAACUUAAAUACAGAGAAGAGAUUAAAGGAGAGUACUAUAAAACCGUUCAACACAUGAAGACUCAAGCUGAGCACACAGAGCUUCAGAUUAAACACGAGUUUAAGAAGCUGCAUCAGUUUCUCAGUGAUGAAGAACAAGCUACGAUCACCGCACUGAGGAAGGAAGUGGAGAAGAAAAACCAGAUGAUGAAGGAAAAGCUGGAAGAGAUGAACAGACACAUCUCAGCUCUUUCAAACACAAUCAAAAACAUUGAGGAAAGAAUGAAAGCCAAUGACGUCUCGUUUCUAAAGAGCUUUAAUGUCACAAAGGGAAGAGCCCGGAUCACUCAGCCCGAUCCAGAGAUGUGCUGUGGAGCUUUGAUUGAUGUACCGCUAUACUUGGGCAAUCUGGCAUUCAGAGUCUGGAAGAAGAUGCAAGACAUUGUCCAAAACACUCCAGUGGUUCUGGACCCGAACACUGCAAGUCCACAACUCAUCCUGUCUGAUGAUCUGACCAGUCUCACAUACAACAAGGGCAGGCAACCGCUUCCUGAUAAUCCAGAGAGAUUUGAUUUCUAUCGCUGUGUUUUGGGUUCGGAGGGCUUUAAAUCAGGAGCCCACUGCUGGGACGUGGAGGUCGGAAACAAUUCAGCUUGGACUGUGGGAAUAAUCGCAGCGUCCUACCGAAGGAAAGGAGAUGAUUUCUUCAAAGAAGGUGUCUGGUAUGUUCAGUACACUGGGAAGGAGUACAUUUCACAGUCACCUGAGCAACACGCUGCUCGCUUUCCCGUCAGAGAGAAACUUCGGCGUAUAAGAGUCCAGCUGGACUGGGACAAUGGAAACGUGUCGUUCUCUGACCCUGUAACUAACACACAACUAUGUGCAUUCAAGACCAUCUUUAAAGAGACACUCUUUCCAUUCUUUCAAAGCAUUUGUGAAAUGUCCCCACUGAGGAUCGUACCAGUUAAAGUAAAAAUCAGCUCUUUCUGAACCUGCUAGAGAAUGGUAUUCAAGUGAUCUUUAAGAAGUACAGCUGAUGCCUUUUCAGUUGAAUUGCCUUUGUAUUUUAGAUAUAUAUGCAUAACCCAACAAUUCCCCUCAUCAAAUCAAAAAGAUUCUAAAGUAAAAUUCAAAUUAUUUAAAGAUUCUAAAUUCUAAAACUUGUUAAUCUUAAUUCACAUUGUUGCUGAGCUUUCUUUUCUAGUGUCACCAAUUCACUACCAUUCUAAAACAAAGAACAAAACACUACAAUACUGUUGCCAUUCUGCAUGAAAAUGUUCACAUACUGUAAUUAUUUUACAAAUAAAUGAAUCAUGGAUGAGAUGCAGGUUCCAGUUUGUCCUUUUACAAAGAU